GAACCCAGUCGCUAUAUAAAGUUGACAUCCCCCAGCCCCCGGGAGACACUUUAGGCUACCCCCAAAAGGCGGACUGUCACACCGGGAUCUCCAGCAAACAUGCCAUUCAAGGCUGUCAUCAAGAAGGCGCCGUCGAAGAAGCCGCUGGCGAAAAAGGCCGAGCCAGCUCCGGUGCCCGAACCCGAGCCCGCACCUGCUGAGGCUCCCCCCGCAGAAGCGGCGCCAGCCGAGGUCGCUCCGGUGGAAGCCGCUCCGGCCGCUGAGGCCGCUCCUGCGCCAGAUGCUGCUCCCCCGGCAGAAAGCGCCGCUGCUCCGGCUCCACCCCCUGCCAAAGAAGCUCCGGCAGAAGCUGAAGCCGCUGCCGCUCCGGCUGCAGAAGAGGUCGCUGCGCCUGCGCCAGCUGAACCUGAGAAACCCGCUGACGUCCCCGAGGCUCCCUCUGUGGAAGAAGCCAGUGUCGCCCCACCAGCCGCUUCGGAGCCGGAGGCACCGGCUAAAGCAGAGGAGCCCGCUGAGAAGGCUGCUGCUCCCGCUGCUGUUGAAGCCGAGACGCCUGCCGAGGCCGCUGCUCCUUCAGAAGUAACGUUACCUGCUCCACCUGCUGCUGCCGAGGGCGAGGCGCCGGCCCAGGCCGCUGCCCCCGCUCCUGAGGAGCCCGCUGCUGCCCCAGAGGCAGCCGCCCCUGAGGCUCCCGCUGAUGCUGCUGCCGCACCCCCAGCCGAGGAACCCAAAGCACCUACACCUCCUCCUCCAGAAGCUGCUGCCGCACCCCCAGCCGAGGAACCCAAAGCCCCUACGCCGCCUCCUCCGGAAGUGCCCACCAGCGAGCCUCUUAACGUGAGCGUGGAGGAUGUCAACGACACCACGCUCACGAUCAGAUGGAGACCCCCAGAGAAGAUCGGCUCUGGCCUGGAUGGAUACACCGUGGAGUACUGCAAAGACCAAACGACCGACUGGAUUGUUGCUAACCCUGAGCCCACACCAGCCAACCGCUUGGUGAUCAAAAACCUGACCACCAGCGACCUUCUUCACGUCCGAGUAAUCUCUGUCAACCCCGGCGGCCCCAGCCCCCCAGGGCUCCUAGCUGAACCCGUCAUCGUGCGCGAAGUCGUGGAUCGCCCCAAAAUCCAUCUGCCUCGCAUCCUGAGAACCAGAUAUGUGAAAAAGGUUGGCGAAAAGAUCAACCUUGUCAUCCCCUUUUCGGGCAAACCCAAACCGGUGGUGAGCUGGUCCAAGGACGGCCAGGCCCUGGACGCAAAGACGGUGAACAUCCGCAACACCGACAAGGACAGCAUCCUGUUCAUCCGGCAGGCGGACAGGGUCCACUCGGGCCAGUACGAGAUGUGCGUGAAGGUCGACAGCUUCGAGGACAAGGCCACCAUCACACUGCAGAUCGUCGAACUUCCAGGUCCCCCGACCAGCGUUAAGCUUGUGGACACCUGGGGCUUCAACGCGGCCCUGGAAUGGACCCCGCCCCAGGACAGUGGCAACACAGAAAUCACGGGGUACACCGUUCAGAAAGCCGACAAGAAAACCGGGGACUGGUUCACGGUGCUGGAGCACUAUCACAGGCUCAACGGCACUGUCUCCGACCUCGUCAUGGGCAACACCUACUCCUUCAGAGUCUUCUCCGAGAACAAGGUCGGCCGCAGCGAAGAGGCGGCCGUCACCAAGACAACGGCGCAGAUUCAGAAAAUAGGUGUAAAAUAUGAGCCUGUGGAUUACAAGGAGCGUGACUUCACCGAAGCGCCCAAAUUCACCACUCCCCUCAGUGACCGGGCUGCCACUGUGGGCUACUCCACCAAACUCCUGUGUGCCGUGAGAGGGUAUCCAAAGCCCAAAGUUGAGUGGAUGAAGAACUCCAUGAUCAUCGGCGAGGACCCCAAGUUCAGGAUGAUCAACCAUCAGGGAAUCUGCACCCUGGAGAUCCGCAAGCCGUCCAGCUUCGACGGCGGGGUCUACACCUGCCGGGCGAAGAACCUCCUCGGGGAGGCGGCCGUGGCCUGCAAGCUGGAGGUCAAACAGGUCAUAAACCCUGCCGCUGAAAAGAAGUAAAACACCCCCGCAGCUGAGCAAGUCCAGGAUGUCCAGGUGUGUAGUUUUUGGAAGGAUGAGAAGAGUCGUGUACAUAAAGAAGAUGACCUUGCAAGAUUUAACGUUCCCAUGAAUUUGCUGCAUUCAUCAAGCUACCUUACUGUCUCUUUGCUUUAGUGAGAGCAUUGUAGAUUUAAAAAAAAUGUGGAUAUUUGACAUAAAUUAGUAAGAUGUAGCAGCGGUUUAUGUAGUAGAACUUUUAUUUCUGUUGUUUCCUGUCCUCUGCAGCACGUGUGAUGUAAUAUCUUUAUGGAAGAUGUCCUUGAACAUAUAUAUUGCAAUAAUAUAUGGUUUAAAUCCCA